CAUUUCAAAACGACACAAACAAAAACGCACUGACGCAGUGAAACCGUGGCCCCGCGGCAACAGUGCAGAGAGAAAAUAAUUGGUCAACUUGAUUCUUCUAGACUCUUGACUGUAAUCAGCCAGUGUUCUUCCAUGACGCCCAGGCAACCCGCCAGUAACAAGGAUGGCCUAACCUUGCCCACGGGGCGCGACGUCACCAUGUUAAAGACAUUCUUGGUCUAUAAAGGAGACAUUCUAGUUUAUCUCCAAACAUUAUUUAAAACAUUUUAGCUGGAAGAACAGAGCUGUUUGAGACCAAUCAAUUCAACCAUAAAUGAACAAUGGCGCCGACGAAUGAAAGACAUAUGAACGAUACCUCUAGUAAGGCCUCAGCGAGCCCCGCGGAGCCCAAGGGGAAGCGGCCCCCAGUGCUUGUGGACGGGGUGACUCUGAACGGCCCCACGCUGGACAUCAGGGAAGCAGAGAGCUUCCUCAGAGACGCCAUGCCCAUCAUCAUGGAGGAGGCCGUCUGGAAGGCUACUGACGUCAAGGAGAAGGUGUGUGAGUGGCGCUCUCCGGAGCAGCUGAAGGACCUAUUAGACCUAGAGCUGAGGGAAGGAGGCGAGGCACAUCCCCAGAUACUGCAGCGCUGUCGGGAUGCCAUCCGAUACAGUGUCAAGACCGGACAUCCUCUCUUCUUCAACCAGCUCUAUGCAGGCAUGGACCCUUAUUCACUAGUGGGCCGAUUCAUCACAGAAGCUAUCAACCCCAGUCUGUACACGUACGAGGUGGCUCCAGUGUUCCUGCUGACAGAGGAGGCGGUUCUGCAGAAGAUGAUUGAGAUCAUUGGAUGGCAGGAGGGAGGGGACGGCAUCUUCAGCCCAGGUGGCUCUGUGUCCAACAUGUAUGCUGUGAACGUGGCCAGGUACCACCACUGUCCUGAUGUGAAGGUGCUGGGCCUGUCUGCCUUGCCUAGACUGGUCAUGUUUACAUCUCAGGAGUGUCAUUACUCGGUUGCCAAAGCAGCGGCUUUCCUAGGAAUUGGCACCAACAAUGUUUAUGUGAUCCCGUCAGAUAAGAGAGGGAAGAUGAUUCCUGCGGAGUUUGAGAAGCAAGUACAGAGAGCCAAAGAUGAGGGAGCGUUGCCCUUCAUGGUGAACGCCACAGCAGGGACCACCGUUCUAGGGGCCUUCGACCCGCUGGAGGAGAUAGCUGACAUCUGUGAACGACACAAUCUAUGGAUGCAUGUAGAUGCAUGUUGGGGAGGAGGAGCCCUGAUGUCUAAGAAACACAGAUACCUGCUGCAGGGCAUUCACAGAGCCAACUCAGUAGCAUGGAAUCCUCACAAGAUGCUGAUGGCUGGUCUACAGUGCUGUGCAUUCAUGGUUCGGGACAAAACGAAUCUUCUCCAGCGGUGUCACUCGGCCCAGGCCUCCUACCUCUUCCAGCAGGAUAAGUUCUAUGACGUCAGCUAUGACACGGGAGACAAGUCCAUUCAGUGCAGCCGCAAGCCCGACGCCUUCAAGUUCUGGCUGAUGUGGAAAGCCAUCGGCACCAAGGGUCUGGAAGAGAGAGUGGACAGAGCCCUCGCUAUGGCCAGAUAUCUGGCAGAGGAGAUCAAGAAGAGAGAUGGAUUCCGUCUUGUGAUGGAGCCGGAGUACACCAACGUCUGUUUCUGGUACAUUCCUCCCAGUCUGAGGGACAUGGCUGACGGACCCGAGUUCUGGAGAAAUGUCCAUGCGGUGGCGCCAGUGGUUAAGGAGCGCAUGAUGAAGAAGGGCUCUAUGAUGGUAGGCUACCAGCCCCAUGGAGACAAGGCUAACUUCUUCAGACAGAUCAUCAUUAGCCCUCAGGUCAGCAGAGAAGACAUGGACUUUCUGCUGGACCAAAUACACAGCCUGGGGAUGGACUUAUGAUCCCACGGGGGAAUACCUACAAAAUGGCACCCUAAUUCCCUCAAUGAGUCCUGGUCAAAAGUAGUGCAAUAUAUACAGGGAAUUUGGGUACCAUUUUGAACAAAACCCAAAUGGCCAUGUUCAGUAGGCAAGAAACAGGAGAUCCUGUUUUGAAACUGAGUGAAACGGAAGAGGUGGUACCCCAAACAUCCUAUAAGACGUUUCCAAAACAUCCUAUAAGAAGUUUCCAAACGUCCUAUAAGAAGUUUCCAAACGUCCUAUAAGAAGUUUCCAAAACAUCCUAUAAGAAGUUUCCAAACAUCCUAUAAGAAGUUUCCAAACGUCCUAUAAGAAGUUUCCAAAACAUCCUAUAAGAAGUUUCCAAAACAUCCUAUAAGUUUCCAAAACAUCCUAUAAGAAGUUUCCAAAACAUCCUAUAAGAAGUUUCCAAAACAUCCUAUAAGAAGUUUCCAAAACAUCCUAUAAGAAGUUUCCAAACGUCCUAUAAGAAGUUUCCAAACGUCCUAUAAGAAGUUUCCAAACGUCCUAUAAGAAGUUUCCAAAACAUCCUAUAAGAAGUUUCCAAACGUCCUAUAAGAAGUUUCCAAACGUCCUAUA